AUGACGGUGCCUCUUGCAUUGCUAAUACUCGUUUCAACCAUUGUCCUGCGUGUGCUGUACAAACUAUGGUCAAGGAUAUCUGUCGCCGACAUUCCUGGCCCAAAGCCGGAGUCAUUCUGGAUUGGUAACUUGCAACAAAUACGCCGGCAGGAAGUCGGUACCAUGGACGCGCAAUGGGGAGAAGCAUAUGGGAAGAUCGCGCGUGUGAAGGUCGCGCUAGGGAUGGACGCAUUGUGGGUUAGCGACCCGCAAGCACUGCAUUACAUUCUGCACAAGUCGGGAUAUACCUUCGAGAAGACACCAGAGCGCACAGUACUCAGCAAACUGCUUGGAGAUGAUGGGCUUGAUGGAGCAGAUGCGGAAACUCACAAGCGACAGAGGAAGCUAAUGGACCCUGCCUUCGGCGCACCUGUGAUCAAAGCUCUCUUCCCCACGUUUGUGCAGUACGCGGAGAUAUUAUCCACUAAAUGGAGCAAGCUCGUCGAAAGCUCACCAGGUGCUCCUUGCGUCAUAAAUGUCGCAAGCCACCUGAAUGUCGCUACCGUUGACGCUGUUUGCGAGACAUCAUUCGACUACCACACCGGAUGCUUGGAGAACGCCGAUAAUGAGCUUGCAAAGUCAUACAUGAACCUUAUGGCUGUUGUCGCUUGUCGACCGUCGGACGCGAGGCUAGUACUCGACAACCUAGCUGAAUUCCUCACAGAGCCAGUUGCCACCUGGUUAUGCCGGGUAUUGCCAGGAGAGGCCUUCGCGAAGCUGCGUCGGAACAGGCAAGCAGCACACAAAGUUGCGGAAGAACUCAUCGAGACCAAAGUUGGCAAGGACAUCUCAGGGACAGGGAAGCGCGACGUCAUGAGCAUCUUCGCACAAUCAAGCACAUCUCCGGACCCGAGCACCCACAUGAGCCGCUAUGAGGUCAUCUCGCAGAUGCGCUCGAUCAUGUUCGCGGGCUCGGAGACGACGACGAGCACGAUGAGCUUCGCGCUGCUCGAGCUCGCGCGACAUCCUAAGUACCAGGACCGCCUGCGCGCUGAGAUUCGUGUCGUAGAGAAGAGCAUCCGCGCACGAGGGCUCACCGCUGCGGACGCGGACGCCAUGCCUUUCCUCCAGGCAUUUAUUAAGGAAGUCGUGCGUGUCCACCCGGCUGUGCCGUACAUGUAUCGGCGGCCUGUGAGAGACGAGGUGCUGCCGCUGUCCACGCCCAUCACGACGCGGUCGGGGAAGGUCAUCAGCGAGGUGCCUGUCCGCAAGACUCUGCGCCUAAUACUGUCUGUUCCUGGAUAUAACAUGGAUAAGGAUGUAUGGGGUGAGGAUGCACAUGAGUUCAACCCUGAGCGCUUCCUCAGGCCGACGGAGAAGAAUGGGCCCAACGUCGGAUUGUGGGCAAAUACAUUGACGUUCUCCGCCGGCGUCCGCGGCUGUAUUGGCUGGAAGUUUGCGCUGUACGAGAUGCAGGCGUUCCUCUUCGUUCUGGUUUCUCGGUUCCAGUUUUCGCUUACAAAGGACAUCUCUCGUCUGAGGAGAGAAUAUGCAGGCUCGUUGGUGCCCACGCUGGAGGGUGAGGUGGAAAAGGGGGCACAGCUACCGCUCGGCGUCUCUCUUGCAGAGCAACAUCAAGACUAGCGUGUAUGUGACUCGCCUUAUCAUUAUUAAUACUGUGUGUUCAGGUCU